GAUAACAAUAGCAGUUGCACGUGUGGGAAGGCGUAUUUUAUAUUUUGUUUAUGGUUUUUCGUUUUACAAAAUGAACCACUUCGAAAUACGUGAGCUCGAAGGCAAGGGUCGUGCCAUGGUGGCGACCAAGGACUUCGUUGUUGAUGAAAUCAUAUUUGAGGAAGAGCCAUUCGUUUCGCAUCAGUUCUCUUGGAAUGCUGCAUAUGGUUAUGCGGCUUGUGAUCAUUGUAUGCGUCCUCUUGAGACGCUGGUUGAGAAUGUACAUCGCUUGGCCAAUAAGCCAGUUGCAGUGCCAUUGUUGGAACAUGAUCCGACUACUCCAUGGCUGCAGCAAUUUACACAAUGCCAACGCUGCAAGGUGCGAUACUGCUCAGAGGAUUGCAUGGUAGAGGCGAAGAAGCGCUACCAUCGUGUCGCUUGCAUGGGCGCCUUUCGCAAUGACGAUACACAUCCUAUCAAUGUGUUGAAUGAGAUAUGGAAGAAGAUGCACUAUCCUCCAGAGACUGGCACUAUAAUGUUAAUUGUACGUCUGAUGGCCAUGUAUGAGCAGAGCUCUAAAAAGGCGGAGUUUCUUGAGCAACUGCAAUCGUUUCAAGCUCUGAUUAUAAACCGCGAACAAAAGAUUUAUCACAAGAUGCUUGGCGAGAACUUUGAGCAGCAAAUGGAACAGCUUUAUGGUGCAUUCUGUAAUGCUUUUAAAAGCGAGGAGUUUGCCAUGUUUACUACGCCAGAUGCAUUCAAGACUUUAAUGGGUAUACUAGGCACUAAUAGUCAGGGCAUUGCGACCAGCGUUCUUGCUCAGUGGGUUACCAAAGUAUCAGAUUUACCACUGCCCGAAGCGGACAAAACACAGCUCGAUCAGGUUAUCGAUGAUAUCUACGCCAAAGUUGGGGAAUUCGCUGGCGAGUUUCUAAACAACGAAGGCUCCGGCUUGUACAUACUUCAGAGCAAGAUCAAUCACAGCUGUGUGCCAAAUGCACAAUCCACGUUUCCUUACUCCAACGACAUAGUCGUGUUAAAGGCUUUAACACCGAUACAAAAAGGACAAGAAAUAUGCAUUUCGUAUCUGGAUGAUUGUCAGCUGGAGCGUAGUCGUCAUUCGAGACACAAAAUGCUGCGUGAAAAUUACAUAUUCAUUUGUGAAUGUCCAAAAUGCAGAGCCCAAGCCUCCGAUCCUGAUGUAACUAGUGACGAGGAGGAUGAUGACGAUGAGAUGGAUGAUUACGAUGAUGACGAUGAAAUGGAUUAAGUUUAGCUAUGAUCUUU